ACCCUAUUACUCAAUACGACCUUUUUGUAUAUUAUUCGUGAGCGUCCUGUCGGUAAUGUCAAGUAACAAAAUGUAAAUAAAUAUAAGAAAGCGCAAAGUAAGAUCAUUUUUACCUUCAGCAGCCGCAUCAAAUCAAUAACUAUAAAAGCAGAACACUAUGGGACGGCGCAAGUCAAAGAGAAAGCCGCCACCGAAGCGCAAGAACAUCGAACCCUUGGAUCAACAGUUUAAUUGUCCGUUCUGCAAUCACGAAAAAUCCUGCGAGGUUAAAAUGGACAAGAGCCGGAAUACGGCGCGAAUCACCUGCCGAGUUUGUAUGGAAGACUAUCAGACCACUAUUAACUUUUUGUCGGAACCUGUCGAUGUGUACAACGACUGGGUGGACGCCUGUGAAACCGCCAAUUAGACGGUUUCAUGUAGCGUUCUAUAUUAACAAGCUACCCCUUUUAAGUAAAAAUAGUUCAUAAAGAACUAGCGAUAACGUUAUGCGUGUAUUACCUCAUAAUUUCAAAUGAUGGAAUGACUUUUUUGAAAUAAGAUGAACCGCACACUGAUGUGUAUGGUUUUCGUAAAACAUAUCCUAUUCAGAAAAUCAAAGCAUUAAAAAUUUGCGUCCUGAGGUUAGGUAGGUAUAUAAAAUAUGUUAUGUGUACGAUUUCAUCUAUACAAAAUUGGAAUGAGUUCAUUUAGAAAAUUAAACAAGUUUACACAAGUGAGAAUAUAUUGCCUCUGGUUUUGUGUUCUAAUAUAUAUUCAUGGGAUGGAUACAAUUUUCAUUUUUUUCUAGAUUUUUUAUGAUAUUUCUGGUGAGUUAUCAGUAUGGACAAGGGGCCAGUUGUGUUCUAAAAACCCAAAAUUUCCACAACCGGUAGGCGUGGAAUUUUUUAAGAAAAGUAUAAACCCGGUGGUGCCAAUAAUAUCAAUGGGUCGUUUAUUAUCAGGGGCCUAUUUGGUCUCUGCACACUCUUUUUAAACCAAACUUAGAAAAAAAACAUUUUGUUUAAUUUUAAUUAAUAGCUAAACUGUCAGUAAGUAGUUCGGUAAUAUGUUAUUUUGAUGUACGAUUGUUGAACUUUUUGUUUUUCCCAAAAUGCCAAAUAAUACGGAUCAUUCGGUAAAACUUGUUUCCUAAUAGUUGCCUUCCCAAACCGAAAAAUAUUGACUAAACUCCAGCGACAGCUACUACUAUUACUAUUAGUUGGCGAA